UGUCUCCAGAAGCAUGUCCUCAGACAUGCAGCCACGGUGCGAUGAAGCGGACCAAAAGACGCCACCAGCAUGACGGCAUGAAAGCAGUGGCCAUGGCUUUAAACCAUGAAGCUGGAGCCAGAUACGCUCAUCGCUUCCUCCUGUCAAAGAAAGACUCUGUGGUGCCAAACUGAACGCACACCAUCCGAAUAUGUCAACCGAGCGCAAGAAAGCCCAACGGACUGCUUAACACUCGCUGUUCCAUCUGAGUAGGAGGUGGCGACAAAAGACCAAAUGCCAUGGAUGUACUCAAUUUCACAUUCUGGAAUGCCUCUGAAGGCAAUGAGACAGAACCUGUGGAAGAGGGGGAAAGCGCCUACAAGACCGUGGAGGUGGUGUUCAUCGUCUUGGUGGCUGGCUCGCUCAGUCUGGUUACAGUUAUUGGAAAUAUCCUGGUCAUGCUUUCCAUCAAAGUUAAUAGGAACUUACAGACUGUCAACAACUAUUUUUUAUUCAGCCUUGCAUGUGCUGACCUAAUUAUUGGACUGUGCUCGAUGAACUUGUACACGGUCUACAUAGUAAUAGGCUACUGGCCCCUGGGCCCGGUGGUGUGCGACUUGUGGUUAGCCUUGGACUAUGUUGUCAGCAAUGCGUCGGUCAUGAAUCUUCUCAUCAUAAGCUUUGACAGAUACUUCUGCGUCACCAAGCCCCUCAGCUACCCCGUCAAACGGACCACCAAAAUGGCGGGAAUGAUGAUCGCUGCAGCCUGGGUCCUAUCCUUCAUCCUCUGGGCGCCUGCUAUUCUCUUCUGGCAGUUCAUUGUCGGUGGGCGGACAGUACCUGAGAAGGAGUGCUACAUCCAGUUCUUUUCCAAUGCUGCUGUCACUUUCGGCACAGCCAUUGCCGCCUUUUACCUGCCCGUCAUCAUCAUGAUUCAGCUCUACUGGCAGAUCUCCAGAGCGAGCAAGAGCCGCGUGAAGAAGGAUAACCGCAAGCCAUCAGGAGCCGCCCCAGAGCCUCUGUCGCCUGGACAGAGGAGGAACAACUCUCCAAAACCCAACAAUAACAACGUACCGGGGGAGGAUGCGGGGCAUUCCCAGCAUCAGAAUGCUGAGGACGGGGCUAACCAGCAUGAUGGAAAACUGCAGAACGGCAAAGGACCUUCUUCCACCACCGCCGAGGGGGAAACCGAAGGCGACGAUGGGGCAAGGGAGAACUGCGCUCCCGGAGAGGAGAAGGAGAGCUCCAAUGACUCCACGUCUGGCAGCGUGGCUGCUUCCAACCAGAAGGACGAGGAACCAGCCGCAUCCACAGCCAACUCCAGCGCUGAGACAAGCCAGCCGCUCCCACGUCAGCGAGCCAAGGCCGGGGGCUCCAAGCUGACCUGCAUCAAGAUCAAGACUAAAUCGCCCAAGGGUGACUGCUACACGCCGUCUAACGCCACCGUGGAGAUCGUCCCGACCUCGGAGCGGCAGAACCACGUGGCGCGCAAGAUCGUGAAGAUGACGAAGCAACCUCCGAACAAGAAGAAGAAAGCGGCGCCAUCACGGGAGAAAAAAGUUACCCGCACCAUCAUGGCCAUCCUGGUAGCUUUUGUAGCCACCUGGACUCCUUAUAAUGUGAUGGUGCUCAUUAACACCUUUUGCUCCAGCUGCAUCCCCAACACAGUGUGGACUAUUGGUUACUGGCUGUGCUACAUCAACAGCACCAUCAACCCGGCCUGCUACGCCCUGUGCAACGUCACGUUUAAAAAGACAUUCAAACAUCUCCUCCUCUGCCAAUAUAAAAAUAUUAGGUCGGCCAGAUAAAUACGGGCCACUCGGGAGGAGGAAUUGAAGUAUGAGUUGCCUCCGUGUGUGUGUGUUUGAGUGUCCUCCAUCAAUAUGUGUGUCUGUGAAAGGACUUCACGUGUUCACGCAUGGUAAAGACUGCAAGAGUAUAUUUUAAAAAUCACCUUCCAUCCUUUUAUCAUUAGUUUUCCAAUUUCUCUCAAUAACCGGUUGUAGCACUUUACACGAAUCCAACUGAAGCCAGUUGCGUUGGGAUGUGUUGUGCAGGAGCAGCAUCGAUAAGGAAGGCUGUGAAAAAAAAAAUCUGUGUUACAGAAGGUCAACAGGCUCAAAAAACAAGUGUUUAUCCAGGAACAGGAAGUGACACUUAAAAAAAAUAAAAAAUGGCAAAGAGCAGAGGAAAAAUCUGUAAGAAAACACAGGAAAACUUCAAAAUGGGAAAAUAGGGCUGACUGAAUUUACAAACCUCAGAAGUUUGAAGUUCAGUGAAGAUACCUGUAGAUAACUGUACAUAUCGGUGUAUAUUCUAUUUGUGUGUGCACAUGUAGGUGUGUGUGCUGGCUCUGCGUCUGUGUGCACACCCACUUGUGCCCCUCUGCCUGCCUUCUCUCUGCGUGUGAUCAUCAUCAUCAUGCCACUUCCAACCAGCAACAUGUAGAACACAUUUGGGCCUCUUUUUCUGUGUAGAUUGCCUCUGACAUGGUCACAUCAGGACUGGAAGCUAUCCCAUCUAACGGCGAGCCCCAGUGGAAUGAGCUGCCAUCAAUACAUGAUAGACGUAUAAAUAUAUUGAAGUUGCACUUGUUCCGGCCAAUGUCCAAAACUAACAACUCACAUCCAGAAAUAUUUUCGAGCCUAAAAUGUCAAGUUCAAUAUCUGUCUCCAAAUUUCUGCCUCCACACCAGAACUGUGGUGGUAAAUGCAAUUUGUUUGUGCUCACAUGAAAAAAAAAAUAUUGUGAUGAUUAACCAUGUAGUUGUCCAAAAGAUGAAGCUAUACUCAAGUAUAACCGUUCACUUGAACCUGUCAAAUAAAACUCCCUCUGCUGGAACAUUCUCACCCCCAACUUGUCACAUACAGAUGUUUGGUUGUGACCUGUUGCCAUGAAUUUUAAUCGCACCGAUUACCCCACUAGUGUACAGUUUUGUUUUGUUUUAAAUAUUAGCAGGAGAGCUAAUAUAUAGUCUGACAAGGUUUGUAAGGAUGUUAGUCAGACACAAGAAUGUCACUGUCUUCUAGGGAUGCAAAUUUGAAACCAUUUUCUUAACCGCCACAAUAUCAAUCAGUACUUGAUUAAUCACUAAGACAUACAAAGUAUAGUGGAUGAUUUUCCAUUUGCAAAUGAGGCCAUUUUUAAUCAUUUUUAUCCUUUGCCGUAAAAUCAGUAAGGUUACACUUGGCUUUUGAGACACUGUCCCAGUAAACUAUGCUGGGUGGAAGCUGUUAACUGCCACAGAAGUCUUUGUCAUGGUGGCCCGUUGCUAGCUAAACACCCACAAUGCUCUCUCCAUGACAAUAUGGUGCUGUUCAAGCGACUACACCCUCAGGUUGCUGCAGUGUUAAAUACAGGAAACGAGCUGCAGCCUCAUUGCCAGGAAGAGGUUCCACCUGGUGGCACAACCAGGUACUACAGCUAAUGUACGACAUGUUUUCUGACAUGCUUGUUCCUCAUCUUGUGCUUUAUCGCUUAAUAUAUAUUAAUCAGUUGAGCAAUUAAUUGAGUAGCACUAAACAUUGGCAUCCCUAGUUUACUUACUUUUCUUCUUUUUUUUUUGGCAUUCUUUGGUCAAGUUUAGACAGCAAAAGUUUAUAGUUUGCAAAAAGAAUUCAGGACAUUUUAGUGGGCAUAAUUUUCCCGUCUGUAACAACUAUCUCCUUUAUUUUCAUUCUUACGAUGGUGAUGAGUCCUGACACACACCACAUGAUUAGUUUCCUGUAAAUGAGCGACAGUGACAAAAACAGAACAGUAAAUUUGGAUGCGAUGCUAUUGCAUCUUUUUCUGUUU